UAGCUACUUGGUUGUUGCAGUGUCACCAAUUUUGCAUUUAAUUUCCUUCCAACCCAAUCAGUUAAAUUUACCUUUCCCUCGUUAUCUUUUGAAAGUUGAAAUGGAUUGCUUAUUUGGUUACUCUGCAAGUACCAUGCGGCCUAUACCAACAAAUUCCAGAAAAAGAAAUCAACUCUUCCAAUCCUCCUUUACUUCGAUUCAACCAUCUCAUUGUAACCUUCUUAAUCAAUAAAAAACAGAAGCAAAUCCAUUUUAAUUUUGAAUAUUUGGAGUGGGUACCAGACAGUAAGUCAAUCUGACUGCUCCUCUUCAUCUUCUUCGUCUUCUUGAAUCUGCAUGUCCAAGCUCACAUGGAGGGUGCUGAACAGAUGCGGGAGGAGAAGCUUUAGCUUUGGUUGAACAAGAACUUAGGGUUCUUUCAUAGUCUAGAAGAAUUUUCUUAGAAAAUCAAAGACCUAAUAUGCCUCAAGAUACACUCAGAUCAGUUGUUUACAGAUCAUUUGCCCAUUGUGAUGAUCCAAAUGGGGUUGUUGAAUGUGGGACAAUUAUAAAAUCCAAGAGUGGUUCACGAAAGAUGGAGCGACUAACUCAGAAGGACCACUGGAGAGUUUCCAAUCCAUCAUUUGUAUGUAAGGAUGAAAGGAAGGAACUGGUCUCUGAAGACAUCAGCAGAGAAUCAGACACUCCACUUCCCUCUCAACUGUUGGAGGUUUCUAGGGGAGCUCAGAAGAUAAACGACAUGAUCGACUCAUGGUCACAGGGUCUGAGCUUUGAUGGGCAAUCUAAGGAUAUUGCAAGAGAUUUGUUGGAGGGUGCUUUGGAUCUGCAAGAGUCACUAAUCAUGCUUGGCCAGCUACAAAAAACUUCAAAAUACAUGUCUCAGUUUAAGAAACAGAAACAGAAGUUUGAACAAGAAGAGAAUGAGUUGGUUGUAGGAAGAACGUAUUCAGAUCGAUAUGAAUUCAAAAAUAGUCCAAUAAAUUUGCAAAAACCCCGACUUUCUGCAGAUGGGUCUCCUAGGAAUUGCAGUGAGGAUCUCAAGAAAUUGAUCAGAGACAGCUUCUCCAGGCAAAACCUUUUACCGAUGCAUUCCACGGAAGACAAGGUUUCUUGGGGUAGAAAGAAAUUGGACUCUGAUUUGGAUAUUCCUUCCACUAGCUCAAGUCGAUCGACUUUGGUUCCCUCUAAGAGCUCUGCAUCUGUCAAUAGUUCAGUUUCAUCAGCAGCCCAGGAGACGAAAGCAAAAUCUCUGGGUUUGAUUGCCAAGCUUAUGGGUCUGGAAGAAUUCCAUUCAGAACCAAUACAAACAUCCAAAAGGAUAAUGGAGGGUAACAAGAAUUCAUGUCAGCCAAGACCAAUUUUUGAUAUUGAGAGGCCAAAAACAAGGAAGCCCCAGUUUGCGGAUUCAAACAUGGAUCCAAACAGGAAAAAACUUAAAGAAAUCAUUGAGACCAUGCAUUUUAAAGGACUUCUGAAGACUAAAUAUGUUGAAAGGGGUGAGUUUCAGUCCCGUCGUUCAGAUGCUUCUUGUUUCAAGCAGAGAAUGGAUGAUGAAAUCCCACCUAUUGUAAUCAUUAAACCUCUGAGCUCUUCUGUCGAGACAGAAGGUCCCCUACUAGGUAAGUUUAUUUGGGAUGAGAGAGCUUUGGACCCUAACAGUUGGCUCAAAUUGAAAGAGAAAAAAGAACCUUCCAGAAAAAUGCCUACUGGGGAAGAGAGAAAGUUGGAGUUGGACCACAAAAAAGCUGCUGGAAUAAAGACAAAAGAAGAGCCUGCAACUAAAAUGUUCAUAAGAGAAGAGGGAGCUUUGGAACAUAAAGAGAGUCCUGGAAAACUGGACGCAGAAAAGGAGGCUCAAACCAUAAGGCUUAUCCGUGAAGUAGCUAAAAACCCCAAAGAGAAAAUCAGGGAACUAGAAGCAAGAGAGUUACAAAACCAAGGAAAGGCAUCUUUUCAUAAGAUGAAGUCCUCUAUUCCUCUAAAUAAUGAAGCAAAGAAAAAGGAGGAUAACAAAAAAUCUGAGAAGGCGGAGAGGGUACUAUCUGAUAGAAGAAAACCACAAGAAAAAGUGAAUGUGAAAUCUGUAACUAUGUCUAGAUCUCAAGACCAUACCAGGGCAACCUCAUCGAAGUCGCAGAAGCAAGAUAGAAAGUUUACCAUGGUAAAGAAUAGGUUGACGCACCAAGAAAGUACCAGUCAAAAUCCUAAGGCAACAUGCUCCACAAAACCAGUUUCACAGAAUUCUGCCAAACAGGUGAAGAGAGAGCUGGCAAAAAAGGCAAAACCAAUUGGAGGAUCCCUGACAAUUGGUACUCAGAGUUCACAAUGCAAGCACAAGGACAAGAAAACCAAUCUGACAUGUGAAAUAGACUCUACUUUGACAACAACUAAUACUUUGCUUAGGGAUCAACACCCUAUAGUUGAAAGAACAGGGCUAUCUGAAAUUCAUUCUGGAGAUUCUUGUGAAGAUUGGAAGAAUGAAGUUACACCACAGACCAGCCUGCAUGAAAGUAAUACUGAAAGCGCAGAAGAGGUUAACCAGCUAUCCAGCCAUGAAACUAGAGAACAGAAUAAUACUGUUGGAACUGAAGUUAGUCUCAGAUCAUUGCUUUUGAGAAGCCCACCAUUCCUCAGCUCUGUGGAGGAGUUCUUUCACCUCAAUGUCAACAAACCUAUAGCUUUAGAGAAAGCAGGUAUUGAAGAAGUUGGAACGACCAAUUCCAGAGUUCUCUUGGAGUGUGCAAAUGAACUCUUGGAAAGGAAAAGUCUCAUAAGAUCCCAAGUAGUAGUUCCUUUGUUAUGGAUCCCAAAUCAACGAUUUGACGUACAUUUUGACCGGUUAGUGGAGGAAGUGUGCAAUGGGGUGGAGGAUCUAAAAAAUUACAGCAAGGGUGGUGGUAAUGUUCUUCUCAUGGAUAGCCUUUAUGUAAUGCUGGAGAGAGAUCUCAGGGGCAAUGGAUUGGUGUUGACUAGUUUGUGGGAUUUGGGUUGGAAAAAUGGAUUUUCUAUGGAUGAAACUGGCGAGGUCGUAGGUGAGGUGGAAAAGCAGCUUUUGGAUGGCCUGAUUGAAGAGUUUAUUAUAGACAAUUUGUGUUAGCUUCUUCUUCUAUUCCCCUGGUAGUUAACAAGUUCCUGAUCUCAUUCCCUAUGUGUAGACUUCAUGUGCGGGUAGGUGAUGAAAUGUAUCCCAUCUGCUGCCAUAAGGAGUGCGUGGAGGGGUAUUUAUGGAAGAAAAAAAACACAUGUCAUCACCUAACUGUACGUGAAGCAUACACAUACGGGUAGGUGAUCUGAGAUUGUAGUUACAGUGCUUUAGUGAUAAACAAAUGGGUAGUAGGUAGGUAUUACAACUGCAGUUGCUAUUUCAUUGUACAUCAAACUUACUUGGAUCAACCUAUGGCCAUAGGAUUGUUAUGGCCAUUGUAAAGAUAAGAAACCCCCAAAUGUAUUUGUUAGAUUGGGUUUUGAGAAUAUGUAUGCAUCUUCUAACAUAUAGGGAAAUGAUAUCAAGAUAUUGAGAUAGCACA